CCCCUUGAUUUUGUCUCAUCAUACACUUUACCUUCACUUUCUCUGUUCCACUAGAGAUAUAAAAACCCAACACAAACACUCCCAUAUCCCAAAACAACCCUGUCAUGUUGAAUGAUCAAAGAGCUUCAACAAGCCAUAGCAGAGAGCAUGAUGAUCAUGAUGAUGAAGGAGAUGAACAAAUAAGAGAAAUCCAUGCUUUAACCCCACCUCAUCCUCUACACACAAGACAACCACAUAGUCACCAAUCAUCUGUGUCUGUAGCAAAUACAGAAGUUGCUUCUAGUGAGAAUUUCACAAGUAUAAGUAGAGAAUUCAGUGCUUUGGUUCUAGCAGGAUCAAGUAUUGACUAUAACAACAUAAGUCCUAUGACGAGCACAGGCAAUAACAGCAAUGAAAGAGAAAACAACAACAAUAACAACAACAAUAAUAACAAUAACAAUAACAGAACAAGCUUUAACAACUUGUUGAGGAUUAGAGAAGAUGAAUUGAUGGAAGAGACUAACCCUUUGGCAAUUGUAGCUGAUAACAGCCCUUUUGAGCUUCUUGCAUCAUCAUCGUCUCCGAGGCAUGGAGCUAGAGGAGGAACCUCGUCUUUGGGUACUAUGAAUGGUGAGAGUGAAGUGUCGGUGCAUAGAGUGAAGAAAGAAGAGGUUGAAUCCAAGAUAGCUGCAUGGCAGAAUGCUAAGGUUGCUAAGGUUAAUAACAGGUUCAAAAGGGAAGAUGCUGUAAUAAAUGGUUGGGAGAACGAGCAAGUUCAGAAAGCUAAUUCAUGGAUGAAGAAAGUUGAGAGGAAGCUAGAGGAGAAAAGAGCAAAAGCAUUAGAGAAAAUGCAAAAUGAGGUAGCAAAAGCUCAUAGGAAAGCAGAAGAGAGGAGGGCAUCUUCAGAGGCUAAAAGGGGAACUAAAAUUGCAAGGGUUCUUGAAAUUGCCAACCUUAUGAGAGCUGUUGGAAGAGCCCCUUCCAAAAGAUCCUUCUUUUAAAUAUCAUAUAUUCCCUCAUGUCCUUUUUAUAUGAGAUCAACAAAAAUUAAUAUAUUAUUAAACCAAAUACACCAAUUUUUGUUGAUCUAAUUGUCUCUUAUAAAAACGACAAGAGGGAAUAGAUUAUAUUUUCUAGUUGACUAAAUAGACCAUGUGAGAGAUAGAAGAUUAUGAGCAUAUAAAUUUACAUAAUCUGAUGAGAGCCCCUUUUCCUUUUUAAUUAUCUUAAAGGGUUAACGAGGGCUUGCAAGUGAGUGCAGCAGUAUAAUUAAUUAUAAAGAAAAAGAAAUAUGGAGAUGUAUAUAUUAUUAUUAUCACAUUACUAUAUAGAACCCAAUUGGAGUCUUGUUGAGUGAUGUAUGUGUGAGUGUUUUAUAAUUUAGAGACAUGAACAUUUGGUAAUUUUGGUUGGUUGUGCUUUUUA